AAUUGGCUACAGUAAAAUGGACUGAUUGGACUGAGUUGAGCCACGAGGUGUGACAUGAAUAGUGACGCUGUGGUGAAUCCUUUAUAUGCUAGGCAGAGAUACUCUAUCAAUGAAGUAGUAAAGGGAGGGAACAUUGUAGCAAUAAGAGAAAGAAAAGAAAGUUUAAAGGACUUUUCUUUUGAAAGUAAUUUUUUUUUAUAGGGGUUCCUUUCCUUCGUCUAACACCGACAUAGAAUAGUUACUGCUACGGACCAAGUUCAAGAUAUCAUCAUGAAAUUCAUUAUAGGAAUUGGCGGCGUGACCAACGGUGGGAAAACCACUCUAACCAAUAAAUUGAUCCAGGCGUUGCCCAACUGUUGUGUGAUACAUCAAGAUGACUUUUUUAAGAAACCCGAUCAAAUAGAAGUCGGGGAGGACGGAUUUAGGCAGUGGGAUGUGAUCACAUCCCUGGAUAUGGAGGCCAUGGUUAACACUGUGGAGGGAUGGCAAGAGAACCCAGUCAAGUUUGCCCGCUCCCACGGCGUCUGCGUCACACCUGAAGGAGAGGACUCAGACCCCGAUAACGGUAUCCACAUCCUCAUCGUGGAAGGGUUUCUGCUUUAUAACUACAAGCCUAUUGUUGAUGUCUAUGACAAACGCUACUACAUUGCCAUUCCAAAAGAGGAGUGCAAGAGGAGGAGAAGUACAAGGAACUACACAGUCCCUGACCCCCCUGGUCUGUUUGAAGGCCAUGUCUGGCCCAUGUACCUGAAACACAGGAAAGAGAUGGAAGACAACUCCCAUGGUAUAGAGUACCUCGAUGGCUUGAAACCUAAAGAGGAGAUCUACAGCCAAGUGUAUGAAAACAUACAAAACAUCCUGCUCAACAACUUAUAGCAGGACCAGGGAGUCCGAAGACUUGUGUAUAAACUUGUAAAUAAUAAUAUUGUGAGAAGUGCAACAUCAGUACCAUACUACUGCCUGAAAUUAAUAUUGAUAUGUAAAUAGUUUAAGACCUAACUUAUUAAAAAAAAAACUGAACGGCAGAAGCAUCGUAUUUUGUAUAAUCAAAUGUAACCUUUUCUAAGAUGAUUUACCAACUGGACUGCCCCAGUGUUGAAACACAUGAAGAACAGGUCUAUGUGCUUCCUGUGUUUUCAUGGUUAAAAAAUAUCAUCCCACACUGAGAGGAAAGAUUGUGUCUACAACAUAAAGAGACCUAUGAAUCCA